UCUGCGACAGCCGUGACGUUGUAGUCCAAAGGAGGAGUCUCGUGUUAAUCCAAACAUCGACAGAACCUAAAUCAAAUAAUUCCCUUUUUAUCGAUAUUUCUGCGCUGAUCGUAUUGAAAACGUAACGCGAUGGCUGCGCAGAAGAUUAACGAAGCCCACGAGCACAUAGCUAAAGCCGAAAAAUGCCUAAAAACCAGUCUGACUAAAUGGAAGCCAGAUUUUGACAGUGCAGCGUCUGAAUACUCCAAAGCAGCUGUGUGCUUCAAGAAUGCCAAGCAAUACGAGCAGGCGAAGGAUGCUUACCUGAAGGAAGCAGAGUACCACACAGAAAACAAGACGCUCUUUCAUGCAGCCAAGGCGAUCGAGCAGGCGGGAAUGAUGAUGAAGGAACAAAAGAAGAUGCCCGAAGCCAUUCAGUACAUAGAGAAAGCCUGUAUGAUGUACAUGGAGAACGGGACUCCAGACACCGCAGCCAUGGCUCUGGACCGGGCCGGGAAACUUAUAGAGCCCUUAAACCUGGAGAAGGCCGUGGACUUGUAUCAGAAAGCAGCGGGAGUGUUUGAGAACGAGGACCGGCUCAGACAGGCUGUGGAGCUGCUGGGGAAGGCCUCCAGACUGUUAGUGCGACUCAGAAGGCUGGAUGAAGCAGCGGUUGCAGUCCAGAAAGAGAAAAACAUGUACAAAGAGAUCGAGAACUUCCCCAUGUGCUUCAAGAAAACCACAGCUCAGGUGCUGAUUCACCUUCACAGAGGAGACUAUGUGGCCGCAGACAAGUGUGUCAGAGAGAGCUACAGCCUCCCCGGAUACAGCGGGAGUGAGGACUGCGUUGCCAUGGAGACGUUGCUGCAGGGAUACGACGAGCAGGACGAGGACCAAGUGUACCGCGUGUGCAACUCCCCCCUGCUCAAGUACAUGGACAACGACUAUGCAAAACUGGCCAUCUCCCUGCGCGUCCCUGGAGGAGGAGGGAAGAAGAAGAAGGCACCGGCGGCUCCACAAGGGGGCGCCAGCGGAGCACCUGCCCCGGCCGAGGAGGAGGACGACUAUGAGGGAGGACUGUGCUAACUUUAGAACUGUCCCGCCGUGUAGAGAAGGUUUCAGCUGCGGACGUCUGGACACUGUUUUCAAGAAGUAUCAGCUCUCAUCCAGAAUCCAUGUUUAAUUUGAAACACUCAGAUUUUUAUUUCAAAAACAGUGUCCACAUGAGCGCCGUUGAAACUUUCUCUAUGCUGAACCAUGCCUGGACGAAUGAGGGAUUACACCGUCUCGUGACUGUCCCACUACUUCCUGUGUGUUCAACCAACGUGACAAAACUUCCAACUUUAAUGCCUGUUUUUUUUUUUAUUUAUUCACAAAAACAUAUUGACAGGAGGUGUAAGGAAAUCUGAACGUUUUUGGUAGCACUUUGUAAUAACUACACUUUAAUUAGAAUGAAUAAAACAUGAACUAAAACUUAAAGGUGCACUCUGUAACUUUUUGGUCAUUUUUUUUAAUUGGACAUUUAUUCAAUUACAUGUUGUUUUAUAGCUCGAAAAUACCUAGAAAAGGGCAUUCUGACUGUGAGCAGGGUCGCCCCUCCACAGAUCUGACCUGUAAAUUGGUCUGGUUUGUUCUCCAUGAAGAAAAGCCACCAGAAAAGUUACACAAUGCACCUUUAAUUCAUAAUGAGCAAAUAUUUUAAUAAGAAUGAUUCAGGCUUAGUAAUUACUUAAAGAGAUAUUAUGCAAAGUAUUUUUGUUAAUAUCAUGCCGGAAGAGGUUUUAAAUGUCAUCCAGGUGUGUUUAAGUCAUCUAGUGAUCUCUCCUGGACCCUAUUCGAACUUUCUUUAAGGUUACCUGUAAGAUUCGGUCCAAAGCUCCGCCCACAAGCCGCUAAACAAUUCUACAAAAAUAUAAAAAAAACGAGACACAAAACUGAAGCUAUGAAUAGUUGUUUCUUUAAGCGGAAUAGAGCUCUGAAGGGGGAGUGACUUAGCGUGGAGAGCAAAGAGAGGGAAGACUAAAGAGCGUCAGGAAACAGAAGUGAAAUAUUUUGGCGUAUUUAGCAUUUCAAGACAAAAAUAAUAAUUAAUAACCCUCAGAAGUAAAACACCUCCUCUUUAAUAAAAUAUUGAGAUUAUGAAUUAAGGCUUUGUUUGUUUUGUUUAUUAAGGCUAAUUAAGUUGUAGUAAUUAUAAAGUGUUACCUUUUUUUUAUUAUUUUGUUUUACUUUUAUGCAAUGAAAACGUUUCUUUAUGGUAAAAACGUCCAAAUGUGUACGUAUGAAAGUUAUAAGGGGUAGUCCAGUAUUUUGUAAAUGUGGGUCUAUGCGAUACUUGGCCAGUUAAAGCUGCACUGCGUAACUUUUCUGGUGAAUUGCCGCUUGUCCUGCUUGUCUCCAUGGAGAUAUCACCGCUUUGCUCGGAAUGCUCCACAGUACGGUAUCGCUGGCGUUACAAAUUACUCCAUUAUCUCCAUGAAAACAAGAAGCUGGGAAGGGAUUUUUAGUGCGAUGGAUGAGUUUAACUCUGCCGAAAAAGUUACGCAGCGCAACACGGCAUCUUUACAUUCUAAAUAUUAAAGGGACAGUCUGGAAUUUUGGACAUAGGAUCUCAUUUCCCAGUGAGCCAGAGUGUUGGAGACGUGUGGAGACACUUUUUUAAAUAUUCCAUCCAGUUCUUGUAUUUGCAGAGGUCUUUAGUGCAUGUCAAUGGUCAUAGUUAUCCUGUCUUACCCACGCCACAAAACACCCAAAGAAAAUCUGUUAUUACUCCAGACUGUCGAUGUAAAUGUCUGUGUCGAUAGAAUAAUUUUAGAAGUGAAACCAAUCUUGCAUUUGAAAGAUUUAUGUCUGAGCAGCAGCAGUGAGUUGUACUUCCUGAUAGAAAGCUCAACAGCGGCGGACUGAUAUAUGAGAAAAUAGUCCCUCUCAACAUGCGACGAGUCACGCAAUGCAAGGUUAGUUUUGGUUCAGUCUGUAUGGACUUUUGUGCUGCAUACAGUCUGAACCAGGACUAAACCAGGUCUAAACAGUUUUCAGUCCCGGUCUGGUCCUGGUCUCAGUCCUGGUCUAAUCUAGUCCUGGUCUCAGUCCCGAUCUCAGUCACAGUCUGGUCCUGGUCUGAUCCCGGCCUCAGUGCUGGUCUCAGUCCUGGUCUGGUGCCAGUCUCAGUCCUGGCCUCAGUCCUGGCCUCAGUCCUGGUCUGGUCCCGGUCUCAGUUCUGGUCUCAAUAACAGUCUGGUCCUGGUCUGGUCCCAGUGUCAGUCCCGGUGUCAGUCCUGAUCUCGAUCACAGUCUGGUCCCAGUCUCAGUCCCAGUCUGGUCCCGGUCUCAAUCCUGGUUUCAGUCCUGGUCUGGUCCCGGUCUCAGUCCCGGUCUCAAUCACAGUCUAGUUCUGGUCUGGUCCCGGUCUCAGUCCAGGUCUCAGUCCCGGUCUGGUACCAGUCUACGUCCUGAUCUCAGUCCCGGUCCCAGAAAUGAAGUCCUAUGUCCAAAAUUCUGAACUGUCCCUUUAACAAUAACUUACAACAAGAAGGUCAAGAAGGUCUCGGGUUCGAUUCCCAGGCCGUGUUGGUAUCGGAGAGAGCGCAUGUUUUGACCCAGAUCCGGGCUCUUACUGUAUCUGGACGAGAAUGGGUCAAACACAAACUUUCAUACACUAUACAAAAUCGAGCUUUGGCACAUGCUUCUGUCUGAUCCUCCAACAUUUCUGUAUUAAAAUAUAAAAGUGUCUAAUAGAACCACAUGCAAAAUCUCCCUGAAGUUGUAUGUUUAUGUGCUACCGAACUGUCAACGUGAUGCUGUAAAUUCUGCUGUUUGUGAAUCAAGUCUUAGUCGCUAUAGAAAAUAUAUAUAUAUAUAUGACUAGACUAUACAUAUCUUAAGUGUUGAUUCGUGUAUAGGCGUUUGUACAAAGUUAAUUUAUUCAGUAUUCAUGGCUGCUUCAAAGCCCAUCGGAAAUGUUACUACAGCAAUAUACAGCCUUGUAAGUGCAUGUGUUUGGACGAAAUUAAAAUGAUCCGUGAUGAAGAAUGGCGAGCUUUUUUCCAUACAGUUAAUAAUGUUGAAAUGACAAACCAAAUUGAAGUCUCAGAUCUUGAAAUGUGUUAAAAAGGGAACUUGUUUUUCAGUGCAAUGUUGUAAAAAAUAAUUAAAAAUCCACGUUAGUUAAAGAGCGCAUAUUA